GCUGUUGGAGCCGCGAACACCAGUUCGCAGCCAGGCAUUGUGACUUCAUCAGAGCGGCUCAGCAGUGUUUUGCGGUGAAUGAAGAGAAAACGCACUCAGUUCCCUAUUGAGCCCUGUGCAUUCUCCUGAGUGGAAGAGACUUCCUCCCAAAGGACAUUGUGUGCCAGUGCUGUUGUGUGCCAGUGUCGAAUCCGGGAAUUGUGCGUAUUCCAGUGACUUCCGCGAGAGACGCGCGCUCGCGAUCAUUUUGGGGCCAACAGACAUUAUGGUGUGCUAAUAGGCAGUGUUAUCAGGACGGAAUCCCACCUCUGAGCAAUUCCACCAUCUCCAGACCCAGCGUCACAUCGUCACGUCCUCCUGAGGCGUCCCACGAAUCCCCACACAGUCGCGUGCGAGUGAUCCUGAGCCCGAUCUCCGCAAGAUGGUCUACUACACGGCUCUUCCACUGAUAAUGCAGACUGAAGCCUCAGCCUCGCAGCUGUGUGCCUGCCCAUCGGAUGCCACGGACGCUGGCCGCCCGUCCACAUCCUCCACCUCACCCAGUCAGUAUCACCAGCUCGGCGUCCCGUCCACCUCCGCCAUGCACACGGGCGCCGAGAUGCUGCAGACCUACACGCCCGCCGCGACGUACCACGUCGUGAGCCCUGGGUUGGCGCAGAAGCCCCUGCAGGCGCCCCCGGCGCAGCAGAUGAGCCUGCAGCCGCCGCCGCAGAAGCCCCAGUUCAAGUGCGAGCAGUGCAACAUGUGCUUCGGCAGCAAGAGCGCCCACACGAGUCACAUGAAGUCGCACGCGAAGCAGUUUGCGACGCAGCAACAGUUUCAGCAACCGGUCGCAGCAACCGGCGAGUCUCUGCAAUCGUCAGUGCUAUCAGUGCCCACAGUGAGUCCCUCGGAUCCCUACCAGUGCGACGUAUGCAAGAAGACGUUCUCCGUGCCCGCCAGACUGGUGCGUCACUAUCGCACGCACACGGGCGAGCGGCCGUUUGAGUGCGAGUUCUGCCACAAGAUGUUCAGCGUGAAGGAAAAUCUCCAGGUGCACCGCCGCAUCCAUACCAAAGAGCGCCCCUACAAAUGCGACGUGUGCGGCCGAGCCUUCGAGCACAGCGGAAAACUGCACCGCCACAUGAGGAUCCACACCGGCGAGCGGCCGCACAAGUGCUCCGUCUGCGCCAAGACCUUCAUCCAGUCCGGGCAGCUGGUCAUCCACAUGAGGACUCACACAGGAGAGAAGCCCUACAAGUGCCCAGUGGAGGGAUGCGGCAAGGGAUUCACGUGUUCCAAGCAGCUGAAGGUGCACUCACGCACGCACACAGGCGAGAAGCCCUACCACUGCGACAUAUGCUUCCGGGACUUCGGCUACAAUCACGUGCUGAAGCUGCACCGCGUGCAGCACUACGGCUCCAAGUGCUACAAGUGCACCAUUUGCGACGAGACGUUCAAGAACAAGAAGGAGAUGGAGGCGCACAUCAAGGGCCACGCCAACGAGCUGCCCGAUGACGAUGACGUGAAGCUGGUGCCGGAGGUGUUGGACGCCCAGCCGCUGGACGAGAGCGUGUCGCCGCCGAUGGAGCCCACCAUGGCGGAGCCGCAUCCCGUGCAGCUCGACACGCCGCGCGAGUCCAGCUCGGAGACCAACUCGGACGGCGACGAUGUCACGUACUACAACAUGUACUCGCGCUUCGAGCAGUCCGUGGUGACCAAUUACGGCGUGUCGGCCUCCGGCGUGAAUCCCGCCCUCUUGGCCGCGGCCUCCAUCGCCGCGGCCGCCACAGUGGCCGGCUUCGAUGACCACAAGGACGCCCCGGCGAUAACCACGGCUCCACAGCCGCUUCCGCCGGCGCCACAGAGUCUGGCCACGCCGGCAGCUUUCUACGAACCCGCCUCCGUGAUGCGACAGCACAGCUACUUCACGCCCGCGCCCACGGCCAGCGACUUCAGAUCCUCGCUGGACUCUGCCAGUGAUCUGGUGAAGCGCGUGGAGGCCGCUCUGGCUGGCACAGAGCCCCUCCUGACACCGCCGCGAUCGUCUCCGGAGUCCCCCGAGCGCGCCUCGUCGCCCGAGAGCGAUUCCGUCCUCAUGGCGGAUCGCGAUGUCAUGAGCCUGCCGCUGCGGAAGCGGAAACUCUACCUCAAGGACGAUCAGGGAGCGCCUGGCGGCGUCAGUGCCGAGUCCACGUCGCCAAUGAUGCGAAUGAGUUCAGUCAUUCAGUUUGCUAAAGCCUCAUAAGGACACACACACACACACACAUCCUUAUUCUUCACAGUCAUUAAUAUUAUGCUUCGCGAAGCGCAACAUUGAGAGGACAUUAUGUGGAAAAAAAGAGAGGAACUAUUCUAAUUAUACAUUGAUAUAUUAGCAACAAAACUACCCACUAAUGAAUUAGAUUUUAGUAUUUUCAUAAAUGAUUAACUAUUUAAAAAAAAGAAAAAACACAAGAGAAUGAUUAUGAAGAGAAAAACAUAUUGCAGUAAUUUCUAAGGGUCAUUCAAAAUACAUUUUAGAUAAAAAUGAUAAUUCUAAGCCUGCGAUUUUAUAUAUAAAUCUAGAUUUGGAGCAUUUAGAGAGGAAGAUUCCCAUUGAGAACUUUAUCAACACUUUCACACAAAAAAACAGUAGAGAAAGAGAGAAAGAGAGAGAGAGAGUCUCCUUAUAUUAACUCUUAGACACUAAGGCAAAUGAGGAUGUUAAUAAUGUUGAUGCCACAAAACUGCAGAACAACAUUUUCAUUAAAGACUGUCUCAGGAAUUAAAUGGCCAGAUGUAAAGAUAAGGAACUAUAAUUUAAAAAAUAUUGUGUGCGUGCAUAAAAACUGAGAAAACUCUGUCUGGGGAAUCCUUGGCAGGAGAAGAAGAUUUCUUCCUGCCAAAGGAUUGUGCCAAUUGGGGACACAAUCUUUGCGACUGAAUAAACUUUCUCGGCCAUAUGAAAUGGAAAUAAUUUUCGUUGUGAAGACGGAGAAACACAAGAAAGAAAACACAAGCAAAAAAAUGGCAAAUGAAGACUGUAAAAUAUAAGAAACAAAAAAAUUGCACUUAAAUGAUAAUCCAAUGGCAAUUUGCAACCAAAAUUUAAGCGAAAGAAUUUCAGAGUAUAGAAAUAAUUUUUUUUUUCGUCAAAAUAUUUACAUUUAUUAGAAAGUAUAUUUCUCUUUUUUUUUAAAAAAAAAAAAACGUCAUUGUUUCUGUGUUGAUGAUUUGCUAAUUUUUAAAUAUAUAUUUCUCAUUUCUUCCACUGAAUUUGAGAAGAAGUAAAAAAAAACAAUUACAAUGAGAAAAACGACGGAGGAAUUUUUAAUGGAAAUGCAAUAACUAAAAAAUAAUACUUCAAGAAAAAAAACAUUACUUGUAACAGAGAAAAAGAAGUAUAAAGACUGAUUUUAUUAACUCUUAAAUCAACACGAGAGGCAAGAAAAAGUCGCACUCAUUCAUUUAUUUUACCCAGGAAAGAAAGCUCGGAGAAAAUUAAGAAAGUGUUGAGGGAAGAAUCAUCAUCACAUAAUUUUUCUUGAAUUAAAUUAAUUCUUAACCCCUUUCAAAAUCAUUUAGUGAGUAUAAUUAUAUAAAUUCCAAAUUGCGCCAAAGACAUCAAAACAAACAAAAAGCAUGUUUUUCUAAAAAAAACACCAUCAUUUCAUCAUUAUUCUUUUUCGUUAAUUAUAGAACUGUUGAGUAAGAAUGUGUAAGAAAAAAAAGAGUAUCUUUUGUAUUGCGUAAAAUUAAGUGGGAGCUAUAAAGGAGUGUUUUAGUGUCCUUUUUGGGUGGAUUGGCAUUUUUUUUCUUUCUCUAGAAUUUAUCUUUAAAAAAAAAUAUAAAAAGCAUGUCACUCUGUAAAAAUGAAGCAAAUCGACAUACAGCAAUCACUGCCAUAGAAAACAUGAAGAAGAAAAAAGAUCAUCAGAAGCAGAAAAUCUCUCAAAAUAUAUAUGAAUUGUAAUCCUGUAACAUAAGGAAGAAAAAAAAUCUGUAGAAGGCAAAGAAAGGAGUGGAGAAGUGGAUAUUUUUUUGUACAGUUUCGAAGGAGGUGAAAAGUCACGUGCAAUGCACUCAUAAAGGAAUAAAAAGUGAAUUGAGAAUUAAGGAUGCGCGCGCGCGCAGUCUUUGUGUGCAAGCAAGAAGGACAUGAAUUAACCAAUUCUACUAGUGAAUUAGUUAAAUGAAAGAAAGAAAUAA